AUGCCAGUAGCAGACCCCGACAGCAUCCAACAGUGGAUGACCCGCUUCUGUAAGCACAACCCGCCGUCAUUUGAUGGAACAUUCGAUGUCCAAGCGGUGGAAGAUUGGAUUAACCGUCUAGAGAAGAUUUUUAAGUUCUAUGAGAAGUACUUUCCGAGAUCUAUUCGAGAUGAGAGAGAAGCAGAAUUUCUGACUCUAAAGCAAAGAAAUGAUGAGCCUUUUGAUGAGUACUUGGCCAAGUUCAUCUAUCUCUCUCAUUAUUCAAGCUAUCUCUGCUAUAGAGACGAUGAGAGGUGGACAACAGAGAAGACGGUUCGAGGACUGAGGCCAUCAUUGAGGGAGAUGAUUGCUCCCAAACAAUUUGAGCAGUUCAACAAGGCGGUCGAGGCUUACCGAAUCACGGAAAGCAGCUUAAACCAUCAUCUGAUGGUCAAGACUACUCCCAGAGAAGAGAAGGGAGGUCAGGGUGGCACCUCAUCUAAUGCAAGUAAGAAAAGGAAGCAACCCUAG